UUCUUAUGGAAUUAUGGAGACCCCGUUAGUUAAACUGACUGACGAGGAGCGUGAGACAGUUUACGAGCCUCGUGAGGAUUCGCAUCUUUUGAUAGACGCCUUGGAAGCAGAUUUAGAGAUGUUGCGUGCGAUAAAACCAAAAAUUUGUUUGGAGAUAGGCAGUGGAUCCGGUAUAAUUAUCACGGCUCUGGCAAUGGCAUUAAAGAAACAUAACGUUCACUGUAUUGCCAUUGAUAUAAAUCCUGACGCGUGUCGGGUUACAAGAGGAACUAGUCUGACUAACUCGGUCAAUGUAGAUGUUCUCCAAAUGAAUUUAUUAGAUUGUAUACAAAUCAAGUAUACAUUUGACAUUAUUUUAUUUAAUCCCCCGUAUGUAGUUACAGAAGAUGAGGAGCUAUUAGAUGAUAGACUUGUAUCCAAGACUUGGGCGGGCGGUAAAAAUGGGCGGCAAGUUAUGGAACAGGUAUUCCCUACGAUUCCCAAAAUUUUGUCAGAUACAGGAUUGUUUUAUUUAGUUGUUAUUAAGGAAAACGAUCCUGAAUAUAUCAUAAGUGUUUUUCGAAAAUUAAAUAUGUCUGGUGAAAUUGUUCGCAAUCGAAAAAUAAUAGGAGAGAAUUUGUAUGUUUUACGAUUUCGUAAAAUCAAGAAAUGAGAAGUUGAUAUCACACGGGAGGGAUAUAACAUCUACAGAAAAAAAAACAUAAAAAAUUUUUUUCAUUCUAUAAAGAUAAAGACAUCGUCGUUUAUAUUAUUUAUCAUGCUAGAUUUAAUUAAUAUUUGUGUAAUAUCUGUACAAUUUGUAAAAUUAUAGGUGGAGUAAGAUACAUUUAUUUGAAUCAUGCACUUUUUGUAAAUAACUAUAAUAUGAUUUAUGUUAUUUGUAAAUUUAUGUAUACUAUUUAAUUAUUAUUAUUAUUAUAGACAUAAUUAUAAGUAUAUUGCUUAAAACAAUAAUAUAAUUCCUUGUCCAUGUAUAUUUUUAUUAUUAUGUCUUUAGCAGUGAUUGUUUAAGGAAGGAGAUGAUAAAAAAGAGGCCAUGUCUUUUUUUACAAA